CGUCAUGGUAGCUGCUGCAGCAUAUGGAGAAUAAGGGCGUGCAAGGACGACAAGCGCUGCUGCGUGUUUCAGGAGACAACGAAUGCACAAAUCACUGGCGACGUCGGUCAACCGGGAGAGGGUGGACAGCGCAGCAACUAGCUAACGUGUUAGCAAAGCUGGUGAGCAGUGGUCUGAAGCGCUCUCGUUUGGCGAAUAGGCGUUAGCUGCGUGGGGGCGGGCGCAGGGAGGCGAGCAGUCGUGGCGUGCCUGCAGUUGCUCCGUUGAAGUGGCUUUUCCGGCAAGUUCGCGGUAGCGCCCACGGUGCAGGCCCGGGGGCGCAUAUGUUACAUCUUAGCGUCCAACACACGUAUUUGACUAGGCUCGGCCGCUCGCUCGCCUCCAGACUUUGUGCCGCGGGAUGUCGUGUCAAAUCAUUUGCAAGUCACGUCAAACAACGCAGGCGACGAGGCGCACAAAAUAAAAUUAUACAUGUACACAACACGCACCACACAGUAUCGCACGCGUGCUCAGCAGAACACUAAUGGCCCCUGCAGGCCGCGCCUCCGCGGCGCCCCUGUCGCUGCUGGCGCUCGUGGCUUAUUGCGCCGCGCUGCUCGCCGCCCCCGCGAGCGCCGGCUCUCAGGGCUUCUUGCCUCGUCGCGCCCUGCUGCAGACGUGCCUGACCUGCUCGGGCCUGACCACCUGCAUCAAGGCCACCUGCCUCUACACAGACGGCACCGUGAAUUAUGUCUCAGUCAACCUGACCUCCUGCAAGGGCGCUUCCAUCAGUUGGUUUUGCUGCCAGCAGAACAGCUGCACCACCACCGUCUGCGACAGCACGCAGGUCAAUGGCGCCACGUGCAACAACGUGCUGACCUCCGUCGUCACCACAGCUGUCGGCGCCACCUCCGUCAUGCUGCAGGUCCACGACGGCCGCCUGAUUGGCGACUACGACUGCGGGGCCCCAGGCAACUCCUGCUGUGGCGGUGACGGCGGCGCGUGCGGCAGCGGCUCCAACGUGUGCGAUGACGUGGUCGUUCCCAUCGCCGGCGUGGACACGUGCAGCUCCCGCCCUCCGUCGCCUGCGCCGCCUUCGCCGAAGCCGCCCAGCCCCGCCCCUCCCUCGCCCAAGCCACCCAGCCCGCCGCCCAGCCCCGCGCCGCCCUCGCCCAAGCCUCCCAGCCCGCCGCCCAGCCCCGCGCCGCCCUCGCCCAAGCCUCCCAGCCCGCCGCCCAGCCCCCCCCCCAGCCCACCGCCCAGCCCCGCCCCUCCUUCUCCUGAGCCCCCGUCGCCCAAGCCGCCCAGCCCCGCCCCUCCGUCCCCGAAGCCGCCCAGCCCCGCGCCGCCUUCUCCUGCUCCGCCUACCUGCCCCCCGGGCUGCCGCUGCACCGACACCGCCUGGGGCUUCCCUCUGCCCAGCCAGUUCCGCAACGCUGACCUGAGUUCCACCGCUGAGUUGCCGCUGACCGUCGACCCCGGCUUCGGCGGCGCCGUGUUCUGGAACUCGCGCCAGGUCGGCGGCGCGUGGGGUGGCUGGUUCCGCAUCACCGCGCCCGGGUCCGGCUCGCUGACCCUGGGUAUCUGUGGCGGCUGCGGUCAGAACGUGGUGGGCAAAGGCUACUACUUCGGAAACGGCUUCUCCAUCACCUUCAACUCCUUCACCACGUGAGUGCAAUGUAUGCGUGCAACACCACCACACAGUCACACACCUUGAACUACUGGGUCGUGGGGCUGGUCCCGUGGCGCAGGGUUCU